UUGAGCAGACUGCACACACAGGAAACCACGCAGCAAUAACCGCAUUUUAUUAACGAUUCGACUGUCUGCAGUGAGGGGAGUGUUUUAUGUCAGAUUUCAGCAGAAAUAUUAGCACUCAACAGCACAGUUUCCUUUUCCUUUGAGUGUUUUUAUUUGUAAAGAAACGCCCGAACAGGCUGAAGUAUUGAGCUGGAGUAAAAACCUAAAAGGACGCUCCUCACAAGUGGUUAUCAUGUCUGGUGAAGAGGCUCCAACUCAGCAGCAACAACCGGAGCAGCAGGAGAAGAAGCCCGACGAGCCUCCGCCGGCUGCUGCUGAAGCCCCGCAGGAGUCAGCGAGCAGCCCCGCAGCCGAGGAGAAGCCUCUCUCCUGGCGGGCUCUGGUGCUGACGGGGCACGGGGGUUAUGAUAAAGUCAAGCUGCAGGUGAAGACGCAGAAGCAGCCGCAGCUGGGAGCAGGAGAGGUCCUGGUGCGGGUCAAGGCGUGCGGGCUAAACUUCGCCGAGCUGCUGGGCAGGCAGGGGCUGUACGAGCUGCUGCCCGCCCCGCCGGUCACGAUGGGAAUGGAGGGCUCCGGGGUCAUUGAAGCAGUCGGGGAGGAUGUGAAGGACAGGAAGGUCGGGGAUCGAGUCAUCGCAUUGACCCGUAGUGGCAUGUGGCAGGAAGUGGUUGUUGUGUCCGCCAGCCACACCUUCCCCAUGCCCGAGCAGAUGAGCUUUGAGGAAGGAGCUGCUAUCCCUAUUAAUUACAUAACAGCCCACAUGAUGCUGUUUGAGAUGGCCAACGUGAGGCCGGGCAAGAGUGUUCUCAUCCACAUGGCAGCAGGUGGUGUUGGUGUCGCUGUUACCCAGCUGUGUCAGACCGUGCCAGAUGUGAUCGUCUUUGGCACGGCGUCAGCCUCCAAACAUGAGACCAUUGCCCAGGGCGGGGUUACUCACCCUAUCGACUACCGCACCAAAGACUACGUGGAGGAAAUCCGCAAAAUCAGCCCCAAGGGUGUGGACAUUGUCCUCGACCCACUCGGUGGUUCAGACACCCAGAAAGGCUUUAGUUUGUUGAAACCUUUGGGCUCACUCAUAGUCUUUGGUGCGGCCAAUAGUGUGACAGGCCAGAAGAAGAACCUGUUGGCCAUGGCAAAGACCUGGUACAACCAGCUCUCUCUCAGUGCGCUGAAACUGAUGCAGUCCAACAAGGCCGUGGGCGGCUUCCACCUGGGCUACAUCACUGACGAGCAGGUCAUCAGCAGGACGAUGAUCAGGCUGCUGGAGCUCUACGAGCAGGGAAAGAUCAAACCUCGCAUUGACUCAUGCUAUCACUUUGAGGAGGUGACUGACGCCAUGAAGCGCAUGCACGAACGCCAAAACAUUGGGAAAGUGAUCCUUCUUCCUGAAGCAAAGGAAGAGGAAGAGAAGCCAAAGUCCAACCCUGAGCCAGUAGAAAAUGUGGAAAAAAACUGAAGCUACUGUCAGUGAGAAGAAGGAAGAGACCACAGAGGAAGUUAAAGCCGAGAAUUGAGUAAGAUGUUUAUUUGAAUUAUAUUUUCAAGCACUUCCUGAAUGAGUUCCCUAUUGUUCAUUUGUCAAAAAAAGAGAAGAAAAGCAAGAUGCCAUGA